UUUCAGCCUUGUGUCCUUUUCGCUUUGUAGGCUGGUGGCAAGAUUAUGCUAAUUAACUCCAUGUCCCAAGACGCUGGUUGCCUGGUGACAAAGUUUCACAGAGCAGGAGCUUCAGAACCAAGUGCAGGCUCUGACAACAGCAGCCCCUCCCUCCCCAGGAUGGUCUUUUGACAAUGCUAAGGAGACUCUAGAUGUGAGAGUCUGUGAAGUCACACAUAACCAAGUACAUGUACACAUACAUGGGUGUGUGUGCACUCAUGCAGGCACACACAUGUGCACCCACACAUACACACACAACCUGGAGUCGGAAGGCUAAUUCCCAGGACAGUAGCCAGAGAAUGAGCCAGUGAGCGAAGCACUGAGCAUCCAUCAGCCCUGCACCUCUAACAUCUGGGAAAUGACUUUCUGAAGAGAUGAGAACUGUUGAAGACCUCAGGUGUGGCUGAUAGUCCAGCUGCCCUGACUCCCCUCUGCCACCCUGUUUUGUCUUGUUUCCCUCUAGACUAUCAGGGAUCACAGUGUAGUGUGCCGCCCUCUGCGAACUAGAGUUGUCUCUUCUGUUCAUAUCAGAACCUCCCUUCUAGCAGUUUCUUGUGACUUCUUCCUCAAGUUCAUCAACAUCGACUCUGAAAAACAUUCUUCAAAUACAUUCCCACACUUAAGAGACCAUGGCCAAGGGCGGGAAAGGCCCCAAGGGCAAAAAGAUCACCCUCAGUGUGGCCAAGAAUUGCAUCAAAAUGACAUUUGAUGGGAGAAAACGCCUCGAUCUGAGCAAGAUGGGAAUCACCACCUUCCCCAAGUGUAUCUUACGCCUCACUGAGAUAGACGAGCUAGACCUUAGCCGGAAUAUGAUUAGGAAAAUCCCUGACUCCAUCUCCAAGUUCCAGAACCUACGAUGGCUAGACCUGCACAGCAACUACAUUGACAAGCUCCCAGAAUCCAUUGGCCAGAUGACCACCCUGCUCUACCUCAACGUCAGCAACAACAAGCUGACCACCAAUGGGCUGCCUGUGGAGCUGAACCAGCUCAAGAACAUCCGCACCAUCAACCUGGGUCUCAACCACCUGGACAGCGUGCCCACCACGCUGGGGGCACUGAAGGAUCUCCAUGAGGUAGGGCUACAUGACAACCUGCUUAGUUCCAUCCCUGCCGGAAUCACCAAGCUCCCCAAGCUGAAGAAGCUCAACAUAAAGAGGAACCCUUUCCCAAAGGGAGGUGAAUCAGAAGUAUUCGUAGACUCCAUCAAAAGGCUAGAAAACCUCUAUCUGGUGGAAGAGAAGGACCUGUGUGCAUCUUGCCUGCAUAAAUGCCAAUAUGCCAGGGACAAGUUGAACAAAAUCAGGAGCAUGGCUCCCUCUGCACCAAGAAAGGCCAUCUUUUCCAAUUUGGUUUCACCUAACUCAAUGGCCAAGGAUUCCCAGGAAGAAUGGAGGUUGCGCUCAAGCAUCUCCUAGAGUAGCUUAUGGCAAAACAUAUGAAGACCAAUCAGCUAAGAGAAAUAAGCGAUUCGGAAGAGGAAAAGUCCCAGAUUAGAAGACAGAGUGGCACAGUGAACAUUCUGGAAGACAGGCUUCUCCGGUAGUGUCCUAGUCACUAAAUUACUUUAUAACUUUUACUUUGUUUCUCUUGGUUUUAGGCUAUCUAUUUGUGAAAUGACUUUGAAAGAUAUUUAAUGUGGUUUUCUGCAUGCGUGUAAAGAGAAUACUUAAGAAAAGUAUAGAUAUACAUUAAUAGACAAGACUUAAAAGUCUUUCGGUCCCCACAUGUCACUCAAAAUGGUACAAUCUCAUCUCCAGUAACUUGUGAAAAAUACAUGCAUUAUAGUUAUAUACAUAAAGGAUAUAAAACAAAAAUAUAUACACAUAGAGAAAUAAACUCACACUAUUGACAAAUCAAAGUAGAAUUUAACUAUUCACUUAGUUGUACACAAAAAGGCAGCAAAAACAAAACAAAAAAUCAGAACUAAACAAGGAAAACACAGACAAAAAUUAAAAUGGCCAACUUGUAUUCUUACAUUACACUAAAUGUAAAUGGUCAAUUUUAUUUGUAGUAGUUUCAAACUAGAACAAUCAAAUGGCUGAACAAACUCUGGUAUGACAUCAUACAUGAAGUGUCGGCCAGCACUAAAAAGAAACAUACUAUGUGAACAUGCAACAACUUGGACACAUAUUACUGGCACUAUUUUAGGCUUUAUAGGGCCAGUCUCCAAAUACUGCACACGUCAUGACCUAGAAUCCCUGCACAGAUGUAGCCCAUGGCAGCUCAGUGUCCAAGUGGCUUCCCUAGUAAUGGGAACCGGGACUGUCUCUGACAUGAAUUCAGGGGCUGGCUCUUUGAUCACCUCCCCCUGAGAGAGGAAGACAAUGCAGCCAGUCCUGAUGAGACUAGGGUCAGAUGGAAGGGAGGAGGACCUCCCUUAUCAGUGGACUGGGGAAGGAGCAUAGAAGAAGAGGGAGGGAGGAUGGGAUUGGGAAGGGAUAAGGGAGGGGGCUACAGCUGGGAUACAAAGUGAAUAAAUUGUAAUAAAGAAAUAAAUAAAAACUUAGAACUGUCUUUAAAUGAUAAAAUGAAAUUGGUGAAAUGCAGGUCAGAAGUUGCCAGUAGCCAAUAAAGGCAGACAUUUCAGGAGUGGGUCUGAUAGUGAAGUGGCAGUACAAGAGCUGUCUUUGUAAUGAUCAAGGGAUUGUGUCUGAGGAUUGCAGUGACACUUACAUGAAUCUGAACACAGUGAAAAAAGGUGUAGACAUGCAAUAGUCCUGGCUUUAAUAUUUCAGUGGUUAAACUGCCUGCUUCCAUGGGUGGGGCAUAAAUGAAGCAUGUAACUACUGUUUUGCAUCUUCCUGUGAAUCUAGGACAGAGAACAGGAUGGGAGCCUAUUAUAGAGGGUCCUCUGAAAGGCUACAGACAACAGGGGAUUGAAGCAGAUGUUGAGACUCACAGCCAAACUUUGGGCAGAGUGCAGGGAAUCUUAUGGAAGAAGGGAGGGAUAGAAGGACACAGAGAGGACUGGAGCCCUACAAGGAGACCAAAAAUGCUAAAAAAAUUCUGAGCCUAGGGCGUCCUGCAGACACUGAUGCACCAACCAAAGACCAUGCAUGGAGAGGACCUAGACACCCCUUGCUAGAUGUAGCCGAUUGGCAGCUCAUUCUCCAUGCAAGUUCCCGAGUAAGGGGAGCAGAGGCUGCCUCUGUCAUGAACUCAGUUGCCUGCUCUUUGAUCACUUGUCUCUGGUGAUGCAGCCUUGCCAGGCCAAAGAGGAAGAGGAUCAAGGCAGUCCUGAGGAGACUUGAUAAGCUAUGGGCAGAUGGCAGAGGAGGAGAACUCCACCUUUCAUUGGACUAGGGGAAAGGGAUGGGGGAGGGAGGGAGGAUGGGACUGGGAGUAGUUGAGGGAGGGGGGCUUCAAUCAGGACAUAUAAUAAGUAAAUUGUAAAAAAAUAAAAAUGAACAAGUUAAGGAUAUUCCUUUAAAAAAAAGUGUGCAACUUAGACUCAAUAAUAGGCAGAUCUUUGUACAUCUUCCUAGUACAAACUUACAAGUCCCUGUAGCAUGGUUAAUAUCUGACUCUAGCAUACCCAGUAAGCCCUGAGCUCUAAUUCUUCAGCCACACCACAUUUAAAGCAGGAAAGCACUUUACCUUCAGCCCAGUGAAUUCCAAUACUCAUUGUUUAUUGUAUCCUUGCAGAUCCUAAGACAUUUGAUUAAAAAUAUA